AUUAAACCCACACCCACCCAAUAUCAUUAAAUAGCAAAGAAAAUGAAUCACAAGCAAAAAAUUCGAGGAAGAAGAAACAUCACAAUCACAAUCACAUCAUCUUAAUUCACAAACCAAACUCUAUUCUUUUAUAUCGCCGACACUUUCUAAUUCUUCCAUCUCUCACUCUUUCCAUCCACCACCAUGGAAGGCGUCUUCACCCUCCUCCUUCUUCUCACUGCCUCCUCCAUCAUCACCACCGCAUUACCCGAUAAAACCGGGUCGGGUCAAAUAAACUCAAACUCAGUCCUCGUAGCUCUCCUCGACUCUCACUACACCGAGCUAGCGGAGCUCGUGGAGAAAGCUCUUCUCCUCCAAACAUUAGAACAAGCCGUUGGUCAACACAACAUAACAAUCUUCGCCCCACGUAACGAGGCCUUAGAACGUAACCUCGACCCCGAGUUCAAAUCUUUCUUAUUACAACCCAAGAACCUCAAAUCAUUACAAACUCUCUUGAUGUUCCACAUUCUCCCCAAAAGACUCACUUCCCCUCACCUCUCCCCCUCCUCCACCGUCACCCACCGUACCCUCUCCAACCACCACCUCCACUUCACCGCCGGAAAAGUCAACUCCGCCGUGAUCACCAAACCCGACGACGUGACCCGACCCGACGGUAUCAUCCACGGCAUCGAACGUCUUCUAAUCCCUCGCUCCGUCCAAGAAGAUUUCAACCGCCGUCGUAACCUCCGCUCCAUCUCCGCCGUGUUACCGGAAGGAGCGCCGGAAGUCGACCCGAGAACCCACCGUCUCAAGAAAAAACCCGCCCCGGUCCCCGCCGGAGCACCGCCGGUUCUACCGGUUUACGACGCGAUGUCACCGGGUCCGUCGCUAGCUCCGGCGCCGGCGCCGGGACCGGGAGGGGCUCGCCGCCAUUUCGACGGUGAGGCUCAAGUCAAAGACUUUAUCCACACUCUCCUCCAUUACGGUGGAUACAACGAGAUGGCAGACAUUCUCGUGAACCUCACUUCUUUAGCCACUGAGAUGGGUCGGCUCGUGUCGGAAGGUUACGUUUUAACCGUCUUGGCUCCUAACGACGAAGCUAUGGCUAAGCUGACGACAGACCAGUUGAGCGAACCGGGAGCUCCAGAGCAGAUUAUGUAUUAUCAUAUCAUACCGGAAUACCAAACCGAGGAGAGUAUGUAUAAUUCUGUGCGCCGGUUUGGGAAAAUCCGGUAUGAUUCGCUCCGGUUUCCUCAUAAGGUUGAGGCUCAGGAGGCAGACGGUUCGGUUAAAUUCGGUCAUGGUGAUGGUUCGGCUUAUUUGUUUGAUCCGGAUAUAUAUACCGAUGGACGUAUUUCGGUUCAGGGGAUUGAUGGUGUUUUGUUUCCGGAGGAAGAGACUCCGGUCGAGAAGAAAUCCGCCGGUCCGGUUGUUAAUAAAACCGCUAAACCGAGGAGAGGGAAAUUGAUGGAGGUAGCAUGCAGAAUGUUUGGUUCACAAUUUCACACAUGUCAGUGAGACUUCACACAUGGCCAAAUUAAAUUCGGACAUGAGAAAUUUUUAUAAUUCUGUAAACAAGUGUAAAAAACUGUGAACAGAAUCAAGUAAUAAUGUAAAUGAUCAAUUUUUGGCUGAUUGCUAUAUAUAUAUAUAUAUGUUCAAUUAUAAAAAUGUUUUGAAUUGAACUAACAAAACCAUAUAUAUAACUUCCAAGCAGCUUUGCUUCCAGAGAAACCUUUUGUUUCGUCUGGCUUUGUCUCAGUCUUUGUUCUAAUAUUAUUUAAGAUGACCA